GAGCCCUUGCGAGUCUCCGGUUAAGAGUUGAUACAGCUGCUGAAGAGUGACUCCGGUAGUAGGGUCCAAGCGGAGCACCUGGGACUGGAGACCCAGGAAGUGGGCGGCGGCGGCGGAGACGACUGGCAGCCCUCGUUGGGCGUUAGCUUACAAAAAAAGAAAUCUUAUCUGAUUUAUAAACGUGGCCAAAAUUGAGUGGCAUUCUACUCCAUAAAUCAUGGCACUCCCCUUCCGAAAGGACUUGGAGAAGUACAAGGAUCUUGAUGAAGAUGAACUCCUUGGUAAACUUUCAGAAACUGAACUAAAACAGCUGGAAACUGUUCUUGAUGACCUUGACCCUGAGAAUGCACUUCUCCCUGCAGGCUACCGGCAAAAAAAUCAGACUACUAAGAAUGCUACAGGACCUUUUGACAGAGAACAUCUGCUUUCAUACUUAGAGAAGGAAGCUUUGGAACAUAAGGACAGGGAAGACUUUGUACCCUUCACUGGAGAAAAAAAAGGGAAAAUAUUUAUCCCUAAACAGAAGCCCAUACAGUCUUAUACAGAAGAAAAAGUAUCCCUUGAUCCAGAAUUAGAAGAAGCUUUGACAAGUGCUUCUGACACAGAAUUGUGUGAUCUUGCAGCUAUCCUUGGAAUGCAUAACUUGAUAACCAACACUCAAUUCUGUGAUAUAGUAGGAAGUAAUAAUGGUGUCAACAAGGAUGAUUUUUCAAAUGUGGUAAAGGGUGAAAAAAUCCUACCAGUAUUUGAUGAACCACCAAAUCCCACAAAUGUUGAGGAGAGCUUAAAGAGAAUUAAAGAAAAUGAUUCUCGUCUUAUUGAAGUAAACUUGAAUAAUAUAAAGAAUAUUCCAAUCCCAACCCUCAAGGAAUUUGCAAAGGCUCUGGAGGACAAUACACAUGUGACAAGCUUUAGUCUCGCAGCCACCCGGAGCAAUGACCCCGUUGCUGUUGCAUUUGCAGACAUGCUGAAAAUGAAUAAAACACUAAAGAGCUUAAAUUUGGAGUCCAAUUUUAUUACAGGAGCUGGUAUUCAAGCACUGAUUAAUGCUUUAAAAGAAAAUGAAACCCUGGCUGAAAUCAAGAUUGAUAACCAGAGGCAGCAGUUGGGGACAGCUGUUGAACUGGAAAUGGCCAGGAUGCUUGAGGAAAACACAAAGAUUCUUAAAUUUGGAUAUCAGUUUACGCAACAGGGACCACGAACCAGGGCAGCCAAUGCUAUAACGAAAAACAAUGAUUUGGUUCGCAAGAGACGAGUUGAAGGAGACCACCAGUAA